GGUCUUACAACGACCCGAUACUGUUACAAAGCAUCGUGCUUUACAACAGUAAAGCUUCUGGAAAACCCAAACAAAAGACACGUCACCCGGUGACGUCAGCCUAUAUACAGUUCUGUGUGGUCGCAGCACAUAAGCAAAUCCAUUCUUGUGCCGUUUCUCGGAAAAGCUUUUCAGUAAAUGCACUCAUGCUGCUCCAGGAUCUCUUCUCUGCAACAAGCCGCCCAUCUGCCAUCAACAAGUUAAGACCGAGAGAACUAACAGCUGCGGAAAGGAAAGACUGAUGCUUUGAUUAACCAGCUGAGCAAUAAGAGGAGAGCGAAAUUAAUAACUUAUAUUCAGAAGCGAUUUAAGGGAACAGAGUGUCAGAAAAAUGAAACCAACGCUAUUGAGAAGAAUAUCCUAAGGGGGAAAAAAAAAAAAAACACAAUUCACCCUGGUGGAUUCAAUUUUACUCAGAAAGCCUGGGACACAGAAAACAGGAAACUGGUCAAAGGCUCCUGCAUGUUAGAGCCUUUAACAGACUCACUGCGUUGAGUCUAACAACCGCGACUGAAUGCAGCCUCCAAUGUGCUCAGAAGAAUGGGCUUACAUUUCAAGUGGCCAUUAGGGGCCCCUAUGCUGGCAGCAAUAUAUGCAAUGAGUAUGGUUUUAAAAAUGCUGCCUGCCCUGGGAAUGGCGUGUCCGCCUAAAUGCCGCUGCGAGAAGCUGCUCUUCUACUGCGACUCUCAGGGCUUCCACUCAGUGCCAAACACCACAGACAAGGGCUCUCUGGGCCUUUCCCUGAGGCACAAUCACAUCACAGAGCUGGAAAGGGAUCAAUUUGCCAGCUUCAGUCAACUUACCUGGCUCCACUUAGACCACAAUCAAAUUUCAACAGUAAAAGAAGAUGCUUUUCAAGGAUUAUAUAAACUUAAGGAAUUAAUCUUAAGUUCCAACAAAAUAUUUUACUUGCCAAAUACAACUUUUACCCAACUGAUUAAUCUACAAAAUUUGGACCUGUCUUUUAAUCAGCUGUCAUCUCUGCACCCAGAGCUCUUCUAUGGCCUUCGGAAGCUGCAGACCUUGCAUUUACGGUCCAACUCCCUGCGGACUAUCCCAGUACGCCUGUUCUGGGACUGUCGUAGUCUGGAGUUUCUAGAUUUGAGCACAAACCGUUUGCGAAGUUUGGCUCGAAAUGGAUUUGCAGGAUUAAUCAAACUGAGAGAGCUUCACCUAGAGCACAACCAGCUGACGAAGAUUAAUUUUGCUCAUUUCCUACGUCUAAGCAGUCUGCACACGCUCUUCUUACAAUGGAACAAAAUCAGCAACUUAACAUGUGGGAUGGAGUGGACCUGGGGCACUUUAGAAAAGCUAGACCUGACUGGAAAUGAAAUCAAAGCCAUCGAUCUGACAGUGUUUGAAACAAUGCCUAAUCUUAAAAUACUCCUAAUGGAUAACAACAAGUUAAACAGCCUGGAUUCCAAGAUCUUAAAUUCCCUGAGAUCCCUCACAACUGUUGGCCUCUCUGGCAAUCUCUGGGAAUGCAGCCCUAGAAUAUGUGCUUUGGCCUCCUGGCUGGGCAAUUUCCAAGGUCGGUGGGAGCAUUCCAUCUUAUGCCACAGUCCUGACCACACCCAAGGAGAGGAUAUACUGGAUGCAGUCCAUGGAUUUCAGCUCUGCUGGAAUUUAUCAACUACUGUCAUCACAGCCAUGGCUACAACUUACAGAGAUCCAACCACUGAAUAUACAAAAGGAAUAAGCUCAUCAAGUUACCAUGUGGGAGACAAAGAAACCCCAACUACUGCAGGCAUAGCAGUUACUACUGAGGAACACGUUCCCGAACCAGACAAUGCCAUCUUCACUCAGCGGGUAAUUACAGGAACAAUGGCUUUAUUGUUUUCUUUCUUUUUUAUUAUUUUUAUAGUGUUCAUCUCCAGGAAGUGCUGUCCUCCCACUUUAAGAAGAAUUAGACAGUGCUCAAUGAUUCAGAACCACAGGCAGCUCCGAUCCCAAACACGACUCCAUAUGUCAAACAUGUCAGACCAAGGACCGUAUAAUGAAUAUGAACCCACCCAUGAAGGACCCUUCAUCAUCAUUAAUGGUUAUGAACAGUGCAAGUGUCAGCAACUGCCAUACAAAGAAUGUGAAGUAUAAAACCUACCUAUCAUCAAAAAUUACAUCAGAUAAGUAACCUAUUUUACAUAGUAGGGGCUAAAUAUCUAAUUUUUAACAAUGGUGACAUUAAGCCUAAUUUUCAAAACCAAGUGGAGACUUAAGUUUUUGAAGUGUUGAAGUGUUUUUAAUUUUUUUUAAUGAAACCAUAUUUUAAGUGUUAAAUGAAGUAAUGCUCACAUUAAUUUGCAAUCUUGUUGGAAAGUCUAAAAAUGCUCACUUCAAAUUAUGGCAUUUCAUGUAUGUGAUUAUAUACUAUUAAGUGUAAACAUUUACACUUAGGUCUACAUAUGCUAUCCCCCCCCUCCCCCCCCCCCCCCCCCGAAAACAGUUUGGAAAGAAGCUACUGAGCAGAAAAAGAGAUGGAUCAAUACUUGUUUGAUCACUGCUUUCCACCCCAAGUACCACCAUUGGCUUGUUGCUUAAAAGGAGACUUAGUACUAAGUUCUCUUGUAUGAUAAUCUGGUAUUUACUUAAAUUUACAAUUUACUGCCAGCGUGGGAAGUAGAAUUUCAUAUAUGCUGAAGACUGGUAAAUAUUAAGCACUCAUAUUCCAGAGUUUUUGCCUGGGUUAAUAGAUAUUAUCAAAGUCCACAUCAUGAAAUCAGAACCCUUUAUGAAAUUCUAAUAAGCUGAGUAACUCUUUAAUAUAUUUAAACAAUGAAUCCAAGUGAAUGUGGAAAAGGUCUCAUUACAAUGAAUUCAAUACUAAAUGAUUACACUAACUUUGUAUCAUACAUCUCUAGUUUAACUUAUAAUGAACAUGUUGACCUUUUGUGGCAUUUAGACAAUUAUUUUAAACUAGUAUUACAUUACCAUUUUUACUUAUUAGUUUACUAAAUUCUAUAUUUACAUUUAUAUGUGAAAAAAAGAUUUAGAAAUUAUUUUGGAGAGAAAGUCAACUUAAUCCUCGGACCUGCUCCCUUUAGUUUGCAAGCACACACAACAUUCUCUCCCUUUCUCAACUGUCAUGAUCAAAGCUGCCUUACAAAGAGGUUUAAACUCUCCUGUUUUCUUCCUAAUCCUCACACCUCAGAGCCAAAUAAAAAAUAAUUAGCUAGCAACAGGCAUAACAAUGAUUCUUAAUAGAAUAUAUAUUAUAAAGGAACAUUAAAAAUCACUUUCCAAAUGUUAUAUUCUAAAACCUGGCCUUUUAAUAAGGAUACAUAAUCACGUUAUAAGAGCAGUUCCUUCCAAGUGAAAGGAACAACAGAUUGAGACAAACCUUUUUAUGGUAAAAGAUUAACUACAUGCUUAUACAGCCAUGUAAUGGUAACUCAAAGGUGGCAGGGAGAGAAGGGGGGUGAAAAGGAAAGGCAGCAUUUUGAAAUCUGACUCACAGAAAUGAGUUAGCUGAACUUAAGAGGCAGCCAAGAGUGAGGCAAAUGGGUAGCUGUACAUUAUCUACAGAGCAAGGCCCCACGACCUACAGCUGAAAUGGGGAUGAAGAGGAGGUCUCCUAGUGUUAAUAUAAACAGACCAUAAUAAAUGAUAAAUGAUAACAAUGCCACACUUUUCAUGUGAAAAAGAACCACAUGUAUUGCAUUUCUUCAAUUAUGAUUCUGUGGAGAAACUAUUACAUAUUUAAGAUUCAGAUGCAAGUUACCAAUUCACACAGAAUUUUUCCAUAAGUUCCAUGUAUGUAGCAGCAAAACCUACAGGACAUUAGACUACUGACUUGACUCUAGAAGAAUGAGCAUUUUUACAACUGACAUAUACAACUGUAUGUGAAAAAGGCAAAUACCCUUAGAGAAAAACACUACCAUAAAAGAAGAAAGUUACCUUUUCCUUAAUAUGAUCAUUAAAACACAAUAUCCUUCAUUUAAGGCAUAUUUUUUCUUCCCUGAACUAAACUGAAAACAUGUUAAGACUGCAGUUUAACCUAUGAGGUUUAAUUGUAUUUUUUUUCUUUUUAAUACUAAGAGAGGGGUGUCUGUAUACAUUUCAAAAAAAAAACACACAAAAACAUGUCUCAGUAAAAUGCUAAUAAGAUCACAUAUUAUGGUAAAAAUGUAUUCUCUGCAUUUCUUAAGGUGGGUAAAUUAGUUUGGCAAAGUCUCGGUCUGUAAAGUUCAGGUGAUCUUGAGCAGUGAGCAUUUCAUUUCUUGUUAAACCAGAUCUUAGGCCUGCCUGGACAGAGACAAAAGCUGAUUUUAUGGCACAGAGCACAGCUCACCACUUCCCUACAGAGCUGGAUCUGAAACCCCCAUUACAAAUGAGAGCUCCACAAGUAUCAGCACAGAUUUGAAGAUGAGACUGUUAGUCAUAUGUGCUCUGUUUACCAACUGGCUAGAGUGGAAGAGCAUCGCAGCUACACUGCAGAUCCUGCUAACCCAAUGUUAGGGCUUUUGUUUUUUGGUUUAGUUUUAUCCUCCUCAGCCUCCUCUUCUCACCAACUGCAUUUUUCCCUCUCCCAUUUUCAAGAUUAGAGGGAAAUGACCAUUUAUCAAACACUAGAAAAAUAAUUAAAUCUCUGGAAAAAGAAAAGCUAAAGAAUGUUAUAUACACCUAGUAAUCAAGAGUUAGUUUGGGAUCAUUUAUAUUCAUUUCUGUAGUUUGCCAGGGAUUUCAAUCCCCUUUAUAAAAUAAGAAUGGGCUGACAAAUUUGCAAAUUCACACACAAUUGAGAGAGAAUACCCACUGCCAAAAUCAAAUAGCAAAGUUACUAAUUUUUAAGCAAAAAAUCUGCACUAACACAUGUAAUUUCUUAAUGUGCCUAAGUUAAUUUCUGUACCAAUUUAAUGAAUGGAAUUGACUGAAUUUCCCAACUCCACUAAUUAUUAAAAUCCAUCUGCUUCUUCUGAUGCUAGUCACCAAGAGCGAGAUUCCAUCUUU